AGGCUGGCACAUCGGGGCACAGGCCACGCCACGCCACGCCAUAGGCCAUGAGCAGUCCGCGGCCCCAUCCUGUCCCGCCCCGGUCCUGGCGGGGUCCUGCGCUCAGUGUGCGGGCAGAGACAGCGCUGGACCCGUGGCGGACGGCACCGCAAGCUCCACCAUGUACUUCAAACCACCCCAUCGUACGAAAUGGGAGAUGUUCCAGUCGUUCCUGUACGACGGGCCGUCGGGCCGUGUGUUCGGCAGAACAGGCUCAAGCUGGGCCAAGAUUGGUCUAUUCUACGCCAGUUUCUACGCGGUGUUGGCGUCCAUGUUCGCCAUCAUGCUGUGGGUAUUCUUCCAGACUCUGGACCCGAGGAUACCCCGUUGGCAGCUGACUGGCUCACUGAUCGGCACUAACCCAGGGAUGGGAUUCCGGCCUUUACCCCCCACCUCCAACGUAGACAGCACGCUCAUCUGGUACAGGGGCUCAGACCCGGAGAACUACAAGCUGUGGAGGAACUCGCUUGUUGAAUUCUUGGAAGUUUACAGGAAGCCUGGACUCACGCCGGGUCGCGGACAGAACAUCUACAACUGUGACUACGAUAGGCCACCAGGCAAGGGGCAGGUGUGCGACGUGGACGUGAAGAACUGGGCGCCGUGCACCCAGGAAAACAAUUUCAACUACCACAAGUCUGGCCCCUGCAUCUUCCUUAAGCUCAACAAAAUCUACGGCUGGGUGCCGGAGUACUACAAUGACACCCGCAACCUUCCGGCCGCCAUGCCGAAGGAUCUGAAAGCCCACAUCGACAUGAUGGGUCGCAAUAACAGCCGGAGGCUCAACACGAUAUGGGUGAGCUGCGGGGGAGAGAAUCCGGCGGACUUGGAGAACAUCGGGCCCGUCAAGUACCUGCCGCCUCACCGCGGCUUCCCCGGCUACUUCUACCCGUACGAGAACACCGAGGGCUACCUCAGCCCCCUCAUCGCCGUGCACUUCGAGCGGCCGAGAACGGGAGUCCUGAUUCAGAUCGAGUGCAAAGCGUGGGCCAAGAACAUCGGCUUCGACCGCAAGGAGCGCGUCGGGUCGGUGCACUUCGAGCUGAUGAUCGACUAGGCGUCCGUGUCCAGAGGUCGUCCGUCCGUGUCGGACCGCCUGCACCCGCCCGCCCCUCCUGCCGCGCGAGAAGUCCCUUUUCUAUCACUGCCUCGAACCCUCGUGGACUCUCCCGCGGAUCCCGCCUGCUGUCCAGCGCAGCAGGUGUGACGCAGGCGGGAGGAGCGCUGCAGCAGAUCUCUCCACCCCCGAGCCCUCACCGCCCUUCUUCGGCCCACCCCUCGGCCCCCCGGCAGCGCAAAAGCUUGCGCGACUGGCGCCAGCCAAGGUGCAGCUGUGGAGCCAUGGUGUCGGCCGAGAUGUGUGGGGACAUCCCCGCGUCGAGGCGCCAAACAUGCAAAACGUUUUCCUUCGCCCUGAAACAGGUAGCGUGUGUUCUAUAAGGCACGUUCGGAUGCGUACCGUUUUUAUGUUGUUAUUUUAAAUUCAACGGUACUUCUCCAGCUUUCCCUUUUUCCGUCCUUUUUAAAAUUUGGCUAUACUUACCGAUGAUAAAUACGUCUCGAAAAGUCUCGACAGAGACUAUAAUAAAGACAUGGACCAACCCUGAUGGUAAAUUGAUUCAAUGAAAUUAAGAUUAAAAAUUUCUCCAUAGAAAGGUGCCUCUUAAAAAUCAAGCUAAUAGAACACCUUAGAACAUACGGGAAAACUGCAAACGAAUCUUACUUGACGUUUUUGUUCAUGUUUGUUCUGUUAUCAAAAUUUAUAAUUAACUUAGUGUAAAUAUGGGUAUGAAUUGUACUUCUUGUACUCUUGAAUAAAUCAUUGGGACAAUCUUGUGAUA